CUGGCUUGCCCGUUGCCAAGUGUUUCUGCAGACAAAAGCCCGACGAGAGCCGUAUCCCUCGUCAUAUCGCAGCCUUCUCCAUCGCCAUCCCUCUCGGCACGCCAGCGACGACGAUUCCAGGAGAGAUAAGAUGCCCAGCCGCCGUUCAGACUACGAUUUGCACCGGAUGAGCUACGAAGACAGCAUCGCGGUGCUCGACGAGCUGCCAUCCCAGAAGGAGGCCCACACCGCCCGGCGGCGCCGCCUCGUUAUCUUUGGCGCCAUGGGCGUCUUCGUCGUCCUCGGCGCCAUCGCGGUCACGACCAUGGUGCUCAUGAAGAACGGCACGACCGAGUCGUCGACGUCGGCCAACGACAGCGGCAACAAGGCCGGCGGCAGCACGACCGGCGGUGGCGGUACCAACACGGGUGGUGGCGGCACCUCGACGCCCGACAAGCCGGUCGUCGACCCGUCGACCGGAAAGCUCGCGCUCAAGCCGACGACGGACCCGGAGACGGCGCCCGUGGCCUUGACGAUGCUCGCGAUCGGCGAUUGGGGCGGCAGCGCCCUCAAGGUCAGCGGCUCCAACGAGAACGCGGGCAGUUGCUGCAUCUGGUACAAGAACAAGAUCCAGCCCGAGACGGCGCGCUUCAAGGUCGACUUUUGGGCGCAGAAGCACGUGGCCGCGCUCAUGGGCAUGUCGGCGAAGGAGCUCAAGCCGCUCGCGGUCUUGAGUCACGGCGACAACUUUUACUGGAACGGCAUUGCGAAGAACAACCACAAGUACCGGUUCCAAGACACGUUCGAAGACACGUACAACGACCCGGCGCUCAUGGCCGUGCCGUGGGUCAACGUCAUCGGCAACCACGACAUUGGGGGCGCGCACUUUAUCUGCGGCGACGGCUGGGACAAGGACGACAACUUCUUCGAGUGCGAAGACACGGCCAUGAUGUCCAAGUACCUCAAGGAGCGCUUUGACUUGCAAAAGAACUAUGUGAGUCCCAACAACAACCGGUGGCUCCUGAAAGACCACUAUUUCGUCCACUCGGUCUCCAAGAACGGCGUCUCGGUCGACAUCUUCAACGUCGACACCAACCACGCCGACAACCACGGCGCGUCCCAAGUGUGCUGCCAGUGCUUUGGCUACUCGUACAAGUACGACUACGACAGCACCAAGUGCGACGACGUCAAAGUCGGCAGCAAAAUGUGCGCGGGUGGCAGCGCCGAGAUGUACAACACGUGCAUGGAGACGCUCGAGGGCUGGGCCCAAGACUCGCUCACGCAAGCGCUCAAGGACAUGAAGGCGUCCAAGGCGACGUUCAAGAUCGUCAACACGCACUUUAGCCCGCUCUACCACAUGAACCCCGAGCGCGCCAAGAAAUGGUACGAUGUGCUCAAGGCCGGCAACGCCAGUCUCUGGAUCAACGGCCACACGCACGGCUUUGACCACGGCAUCAGCACCUUUGGCACGCAUCUCAUGGAGAACGGCGGUGGCGGCGGCAUCGUCACCAAGGCCUCCAACGCCGGCUCGGACGCCAUCGUCAAAAAUGUCUGGACGGCCAGUGGCAACCCGUACGGCUUUAUGGAGCUCAGCUUCUCCAAGGAGUGGCUCAAGGUGCAAUUUGCCACCUUUGACAAGCAGUGGAGCUUUGCCGGCAACGACCUCACGGCGACCGUCAAGGGCGGCGUCGCGCGUGGUCACUGCUGGUUCAUUCCGAGCGGUCAGUUCAUUGCCCCCGGCUCUCAGGGUGUCGAGUGCAAGAGCUCCGUCAACGGCGUCAUUGGCGCCCCCGCCCGAUAAAUUUCAACAAUAUCAAGUAAUAUGAGUCCGUACAUCUACGCGAGUAAAUGACGUCGUGCUG